AUGGAUCUCGACUCGGAAGAUACCUGGUCGGAUACCUCUGAAGAGGAGGAAGCCGUGACUAACAUGCCGCUUUUGUCUCGAGCCUACCAGAUGGAGAUGUUCAACCAUAGCAUGAAGGAAAACAUUAUUGCUGUCAUGGCCACUGGCAGUGGGAAAACACAGGUUGCCAAGCUGCGAAUGGAAGCCGAACUGGAGCGUUCCCCAGGCAAGAUGGUGUGGUUUACCGCUCCCACUGUGGUCUUAGCAUAUCAACAGUACCGGUUCCUGUCCCAACAACUUCCGGCCUUCCAAUUCAGGCUGAUAACCGGCAUGGACAGUGUUGAUUAUUGGACCACCAAGGACGUCUGGGAUGUAGUCCUCCAUAAAAUUCAGGUUGUUGUUUCGACACCCGCGGUCCUGAACCAAGCUCUCGAUUACGGUUUCAUUUCCCUGGCUGACAUUUCGUUGCUGGUUUUCGACGAAGCUCAUCAUGGUGUCAAGGAGUCUGCCCAGAACAAAAUCAUGACAGUUCAUUAUCACCCAUAUAAUGUACCCGGAUCUGACUUUCAACUGCCUCAUAUACUUGGCCUGUCCGCAAGCCCAAUCACCAGAAAGGCAGCCUCGGAAAAGACAGUCUUGGAGAAGAAUCUCAAUGCGAUUUGCAGGACUCCGUUGCAGCAGCUGGAUGAAUACACAGCUUUCGUGAACAUGCCAGAGGUGAUAAGAUUGACAUAUAGCGCCGCUGACCAACCUCCCUCCAAAUACUAUUUCGCUUUAGCCAGCGUUGUCUCUGGCAUCAACAUCAACGAUGACCCGAUCAUGAAGACUCUCCGCACGACAGAUAAUCCGAAAGCCCAAAGCAAGCUUGAGAAGAUCCUGAAGAAGAACUCCACACCGGCUAUGACAGAACUGCGGUCACUUGAACGGUCGAGCAGAGACAUACAAGAAAAUCUAGGCAAUUGGGCCUGCGACAUGCUCAUCAAGAACUGUGUUGAGAAGGUUGAGAAGAAAGAACUUGUCAUACUUGACCAAUCAGCCGCAAACUCAUCUCCCUCUCAAUACUACCGAUUUAUAAAAUCCUGCCUUCAGCCUCUUCAUGAGCAGAUACUGUGCAAUGGCCUCACCAUCUCUGCGGAGCAUGACAUUUCACCAAAAGUCCAAAUGCUUCUUGCCUUCCUCCAAAAUGAACACUGCCCAGACCUCAGCUGUCUUAUUUUUGUGAAAGCAAGGAAUACAGCUUGGUUACUCGCUGAGGUUCUCAACAAUCACUCGCUCACCAGAGGCUCCUACAAAGCAUUUUCAUUCAUGGGAGUGCGUAUUCCAUCUCAUGAGGGUAUUUUUGAUUUUGCAGAUCUACGCCUUCAGCAUGACAACCUCGAGAGAUUCCGAAGGGGGGAGCUCAAUGUUUGUGUGGCAACUUCAGUACUCGAAGAGGGCAUUGACGUGCCUGCAAUGAAUCUCGUGAUCUGCUUUGAUGAGCGGCCAACUUUUCGAAGUUUCAUCCAAAGUCGAGGCAGAGCCCGCCAAAAAAGUUCAAGGUUGGUGCUCUUUCAAGAGACCGCCGUCAAGCUGCAGCAAUGGCAAGCCCUGGAGGACGAGAUGACGCAGGAGUAUGAGGACUCUCUUCGGGAGCUUGAAGAGCGACAGCGCAUCGAGAACGUGCAUGAAUCUGACGGGGAAAUCUUCAGGGUUGAGUCUACAGGUGCCACCUUGACUUAUAGCGGAUCAAGGCAACUCCUCGCUCGAUUUUGCGCAAAGCUACCGAGAACAGAUGAAAGCGAGCAAUCGAGCCCGAUAUUCUGCGUCGAGGGCGAACCGGGCGUCGAGGUUGCGGCUAAAGUCUACCUUCCAACCACUCUCCCUCCGGGCUUGCAGAAUGCAGAGUCAAAGUUUAGCUGGCGAACGGAGAAGAAGGCUAAGCAAGACGCCGCCUUCCAGGCUUAUCUAGCACUCUAUAAGGCUGGACUUGUAACGGAACAUCUGCUGCCUCCAGAGUGGCCGAAGGAAGCAGAUACCAACUGCUCAAUCGAACAGAAAGACAGCGACGACGCAAUCGAAAAGAGAGAGAGCGACUACAAUGUGCAGAGUCAACAAGACCCAUGGCCGAUGCUCAUGGAGUUGUGGACAACCUCUGACAUAGUUUAUGCUCACCGUCUUAAAGUCGAAGCGGCCGACUGUGCUUACCCUACUAUGCUCCUGCUUCUUCCUCAAAAAAUCUCCAGUCUCAAUUUCCCCCUUGUCACUACUUCAUCUAGUUGGAUGCAAGUUAGUGUGAGCAGCGGGAUGGAGAUACAUGAGUUCCCCAAAGAUCUGGGCCGGGAUAUAACUUUUCUUGUCCUGGAAACAGUACUUGGAAGAAGGCUACAACAUCUUCAGAAAGAACUGCUCCCGUUUUUGCUCGUCCCAGAUCUGGACUUACCAUCGAUCCGAGAUUGGUAUCAGAGGGCAUCUAGCAAUACAUCAAUGUCAAAUUUUCUGGAAACAGGUUCUGUCCAUGAAAAGCAAUAUCUUGUACUGUCAAGGAACCAUCAUGUUCCUCAUGUAUGGCAGCCCGUCGUUCAACAAAAGGAUGCCAACCAUCAUGGACAGCAACUCGAAAGAACGGACGGUAUGACCGAAAUCGUUGCAACGAGACUUCCCAGGAGGCUAGACUAUUUGACCCUUCCCGCGUCAACAAGUUCCGACACGUCUACACUACUACCUGUGGAAGAUUGUUCGGUAUUAGGGCUACCCGUAGAAUACGGUCGGCUAAUGUUGCUCAUACCAUCGAUCACGCACAUGCUCGAAGUUGCUCUGCGCACUAUGGAAGCGUGUAAAGGGCCUUUGCUCAGCCUUGGCUUUGACAGUGUCGAUCUCGUGUCCGAAGCAAUAACACUUCCAGGGACGGGUAGCCGGAAUUAUCAGCGACUCGAGUUCCUCGGAGAUGUGUUACUCAAGUUUUAUUCUUCGUUACAAGUCUUUGUCGAUUCUCCGAACCAUCCAGAAGGCCAGCUCACUCUGUAUCGCGGUAGGAUCAUCAACAAUGCGCGGCUGCAACGAGCGACCCGGGCCAUUGGAUUAGAUCAGUAUCUUACUCGAACGCGAUUCGCAGCCAACCAAUGGUCAAUUGGUGUCCGCGACCCGAGAGUACGGGCUAGAAAGCCGCCGCAGAAACGGCUGUCGUCGAAGACAUUGGCAGAUGUGGUCGAAGCCUUAAUCGGAGCUGCAAGUCUUAGUGGGAUUCGCUCAGAAGACAAGGAAGCAAAGGUGCUUUCAGUGCUAAGUUUGUUCAUUGACGAGGUCCAGUGGAAGCCUAUGUCGGAGAAUAUCGCCAAAUUCCAGCCACCAGAAGUCCCUUCGAGUCAGAAACAUGAAGCAUUGAAGCCAGUCGAGUCCUUAAUCGGCUACACCUUUGCGAAUCAUGGUUUCCUGGUACAGGCUCUGACUCAAUCCGCAUUUGGGGGACACGCGCUCUCGUCGUACGAUCGGCUUGAGUUCCUGGGCGACGCUGUGCUCGACUGCAUUGUGAGCCCGAAGCUUUUUCACAGCUCUCUUCAACUCGACCCAGGUCAGAUGACAAUACGCCAUCACGCCCUGGUCAGCCAUGUCACAUUAGCGUUCUUUGCCCUCCAGACAUCAGCUACCCGCAGCACAUAUGAUGUGCAGACGGACCUCUGCACAAAACAAACCGUGAGUUCGGAGAGGACUGAGACAGUCUACCUUCCCGACCAUAUCAGACGAAUUGGCAACAGCCUAGCGCCCUUGCAGCGACGAGCCACAUUGGCAGCCUACGAAGAAGUGCGGUCCUCGGUCCUCGCGAGUUUUGAAACCGGCAAGAAAUUUCCCUGGAGCGCGCUCUCCCGCGUGGGAGCACCGAAAUGCUACUCGGACGUCGUGGAAUCGAUCCUCGGCGCCGUCUUCCUUGAUUCCCGUGGCGACAUGACGGCUUGUGAAGCGGUGCUCGAGCAAAUGGGGUACAUGAAACUGGUGCGCCGCCUUACAACGGACAAGGGGAUCGAUGUGCUCCAUCCCGAGCAGGCACUUGCGCAUGCUUUUACGAAAUAUGACCUUAUAGCGCAGGAGAGGAAAAGGACAACCACCACCCUUGGCGAUUCUGGCAGCGGAAGUUGGAGGUGCAAAGUCAUGGUUGAGGGGGAGAGGAUCGCGUUUGUCAAAGGUGCAACCUGUAAAGAGGAGGCACAAUGCUGCGCGGCAGAGAAGGCGUUGGCGGUGGCGAACCGCAAGAGGAAGUGGGAGACUGUCGAGCAGCAGGCCGACGGGGAUGGCGAGGACGACGACGAAAACGAUGACGAGGAAGGCCGAGAUCGUGAGGAAGAGAUGUCAGACUAA